AUUCUGCAAAGCUUCUGUCUGGUAUCUGAUUUUGCUGCUCAAGUUUGGAAUCUUCACCUCCGGUCUACGUUGAGCGCAUAAAGAUGUCGACAGUUAUGAGCACCAGCAAGAUUGCCAACGCCAGCGCUCAGGCGUCUGGAAAGGGGCCCCGCUCUGCUCUGGUCGCGCGCCCGCAGGCCCCCUCCGCCCGUGCUCCGCUCUGCGCUAAGCCCCUCGCGCGCAGCUCAUUGGUGGUCUCUGCCGCCGCCGCGACCGCCUCCGCCCCCACCCCGUCAGCCUCCCUCACGGAGCAGUUUAAGCCAAAUGCUGUCGCUCGCGUCCCACCGACCCAGCAAAAGCAGACCGCCAUCAUCACUGGCGCCUCCUCUGGCCUGGGCCUUAAUGCCGCUAAGGCGCUUGCUGCUACGGGCGAGUGGCACGUGGUCAUGGCCUGUCGCGACUUCCUCAAGGCAGAGAAGGCUGCGAAGGCCAUCGGCAUGCCCGCUGGCUCGUACUCUGUCCUGCACCUGGACCUGUCCUCCCUGGAGUCCGUCCGCCAGUUCGUGGCCAAUUUCAAGGCUACCGGACGCCGCCUGGAUGCCCUUGUUUGCAACGCCGCGGUGUACCUGCCCACCGCCAAGGAGCCGCGCUUCACAGCAGACGGUUUCGAGCUGUCGGUUGGCACUAACCAUCUGGGUCACUUCCUUCUGUCUAACCUACUGCUGGAGGACCUGAAGAAUGCACCCAACAAGCAGCCGCGGUGCAUCAUUGUUGGCUCCAUCACCGGCAACACCAAUACCCUGGCUGGCAACGUGCCGCCUAAGGCUAACCUGGGCGACCUGUCGGGCCUGGCUGGUGGCGUGUCGCCGGCGAACCCCAUGAUGGAUGGCCAGGAGUUCAACGGCGCCAAGGCAUACAAAGACUCGAAGGUUGCGUGCAUGAUGACGGUUCGCCAGAUGCACCAACGCUUCCACGAGUCGACGGGCGUCACGUUCGCUUCUUUGUACCCUGGCUGCAUUGCCGAGACGGGCCUGUUCCGCGAGCACUAUGGCAUUUUCAAGACAUUGUUCCCACCGUUCCAGAAGUACGUGACCAAGGGCUACGUUUCCGAGGAGGAAGCUGGCAAACGCCUGGCGCAGGUCAUUUCGGACCCCAAGUUGAACAAGAGCGGCGCCUACUGGUCGUGGUCAAGCAGCAAGGGCUCGUUUGAGAACCAGGUGUCUGAGGAGGUCGCGGACGAUGUCAAGGCGGUGAAGCUCUGGGAGCUGAGCGCGAAGCUGGUUGGCCUGAGCGCGUAAAGCCCCCGUGUAUAGUUUGCGACCAGGCUAACAUGAGGGUUUUGUUUGGUAAGCGGACCUUCCAGGAAUGCACUGCAAGUGUGACGGGGGCCUGCAAGUCGAGGUGACAUCAGCGGUAUGGGUACCUCCUUUUUCGAGCAGCAGGCGGGGUGUGGUUGGACGGAGUUGGCGAUACCGGCAGGUGUCGGAGUGUAAGAAUGAGUCGGGAAUAAAAAUGCAUAAGCACUGAGAAUGCGUGUACGUGUUUGUGCGUUUUUAAAGCAUGAUAAGGAGACAGGCUUCUGACUUGAGGGCCGUUUGAUUGAGAUGUGUGGAGGGUGAUGGGUUAUGUCUGCUUUACAAAAUGAUGAUUAGUGAUAUCGGUUAUCUUUGCUUUUACCACAUGAUUACUUCUCCACAUGCACUGUUCAUAACCAAUUGCGGUUUCAAUUGUUUCGGGAGUGACCAAGUCCUAAGACAAAUGCUGUGCCGCCCUCUAAUGUGAGGGGUAUGCGUUGCAACGCUGAUUUACCGGCGUCUGCCUCCGGAAUGGCAUCAAAUAAGAGAACUCCCAGGUAUCAACUUACGAUAAGAUUUUUCAGCACGCCAAGUAGCGCCAUGUCGCGGCCACCUGACUCUUGUGUACAAGGGCCGCUUAAUGCCGGUGCCGCCUCGGAGCUUCAGGUGAUAUUGCACGCAAUGCGUGGCCGAACCUAAGCAACUGGUUUAGACGUUGAUCAGCAGUGCGUGAUAGGCUGGUAUAUUAGAUUUUGUUAAUUUGCUCGGGCACUAAGGCUUAGGUUAUGUAAACGUGGUCGGGUAACUGUCGGGCCACCUUCUUUAAGAGGUUUUUUG